UCACGUGACUGUUCUAUUCCAGCAUGGUAGUGUAGAUUUAGAGGAAAAUGUCUCUAUGUAACUGUAUAAAUUCUUUAUCUGUGCUUAAAUUUCGCCUGUUUAAUUCACACAGCAGCGCUUUACUGUUGAACGCCUCCCUGCAGACUCGUGGAUAUGCUAAAAAAGCAGCUGCCAAAGGUAAAGGGAAAGGUGUGGUGAAGGAUGUACUGAACGGUCCUGAAGUGUGUAAAGAUGCAGUCAGACUCACUUCUCAUGCUGUAGGAGUAAACAUCUUCAAACAGGGAGAAGAUCCACCACUCAAACCAAAAGAAGAAUACCCAGCAUGGUUGUUUGAGUUGAACCUCGGCCCUCCGAAGAACCUCCCUGAGAUGGAUCCUGAAAGCCACGAAUACUGUAAACGGUUAAGGAAGGAGCACAUCUGGCGUUUUAAUAAACUGCAUAAGGGCAAGAAGAUUUGAAAAGCAAACUUUUGCAGAACAUCACCAGCGUGGAUUUGGAUUUUGGGAACUGAUAGUUUCAAGAUGACGUGGAGGUGCUGGAGUCCCUGUGUUCAGACCACGACUGACUGACUGGGUUACAGCUGAUGUAUGAAUCACGUGCGCUUGUGACGAGCUCUUCAUGGUGUUUGUACUGCACUGGUUCUGUGGACCUACAUGGAUUAACGGGUUGCCAUGUUACUGAAUAACCAUGAACAUGAUCUGAGUUCAUAGUUCAUAACAUGAUGAUGAGAGUCUUUGAUUAAUUAUGUACUAUUGAAACAUCAAAGUGCUUUUGUAGCUAAAUAAAAAUCCUAAAAGCAUU